AGCCUGUCUCGCAGUCGGUCUUAGUGAGGCGGCGGCGCGGUGGUGGCACCAGGCGGAGCAGCGGCGACAACGACGACGACCCGGUCGCGCGGUGGGAAGAGGGCUUGAGGCGAGGCAGCGGCGAAGACGCGGCUCAGUCCGACCAUGUCGGGCGAGGAGGAGGCGGCCGAGCUGACGAUCGCGGAAGACGUGGUCGUGAACAAGUACAAGAUGGGGGGAGAAAUCGCCAACCGAGUCUUGCGUACUGUGGUAGAAGCAGCUAAAUCCGGAGUUUCUGUUCUCAGCUUAUGCGAGAAAGGGGAUGUCAUGAUCAUGGAAGAGACCGGCAAAAUCUUUAAGAAAGAGAAAGAUAUGAAGAAAGGUAUUGCCUUCCCCACAAGUAUAUCGGUAAAUAACUGUGUCUGUCACUUCUCCCCCUUGAAGAGUGACCAGGAUUACAUCCUCAAAGAUGGUGAUUUGGUCAAAAUUGACCUAGGAGUCCAUGUUGAUGGCUUCAUAGCAAAUGUAGCACACAGUUUUGUCACUGAUGCAUCGAAGGAUACUCCAGUGACAGGUCGCAAAGCUGAUGUCAUCAAAGCUGCUCACCUCUGUGCUGAAGCUGCCCUGCGCUUGGUCAAGCCUGGAAACCAGAAUUCACAAGUGACAGAUGCCUGGAACAAGAUUGCUCACUCAUUUAACUGCACACCAAUUGAAGGGAUGUUAUCACACCAGCUAAAGCAGCAUGUGAUAGAUGGAGAGAAGACUAUCAUCCAGAACCCGACAGACCAGCAAAGAAAGGACCAUGAAAAAGCAGAGUUUGAGGUCCAUGAAGUUUACGCCAUUGAUGUUCUCGUCAGCACUGGAGAAGGAAAAGCCAAGGAUGCUGGGCAGAGAACUACAAUUUAUAAAAGGGACCCUUCCAAGCAGUAUGGUUUGAAAAUGAAAACUUCCCGUGCCUUUUUCAGUGAGGUGGAAAGACGCUUUGAUGCUAUGCCGUUCACUCUCAGGGCAUUUGAGGAUGAAAAGAAGGCCAGGAUGGGGGUAGUGGAAUGUGCCAAACAUGAGCUGCUCCAGCCUUUUAAUGUCCUCUAUGAGAAGGAAGGAGAGUUUGUUGCCCAGUUUAAGUUCACGGUGCUUUUAAUGCCUAAUGGUCCCAUGAGGAUAACCAGCGGGCCCUUUGAGCCUGAACUCUACAAAUCAGAAUUUGAAGUGCAAGAUGCAGAACUGAAGGCACUUCUGCAGAGCUCAGCAAGUCGCAAGGCCCAGAAAAAGAAGAAAAAGAAGGCCUCCAAGAAUGCUGAGAAUGCCACAACAGGGGAAACAGCAGAAGAGAAUGAGACUGUCGACUGAAUGGCUCUGACUUCCUCUGCAUAGCACCUGAUUCUUUCUCUCACAUGUCCCUACUCAAAGCAAGAGAAACAAAUAUCCCUUAAUGGCUGUUUGUCUCAUAGGACCAAAAGACGAAUAGCCUGGACUUCCCACAGAGUGCAACCAGCUGUGACUGACUUUGCCACUGAGGGAGGAGUCUCUUGGCCACUUCAGAAUACUCUUAAAAGUGUGAAAUAAUAAAAUCAGGAGUAAAAACUAGUCUACAUCCCAUCUUUCUAGCCUUUGAUACUACUCAUGCUCAUUAAAGGUGAGCAAAUACAGUUCUGAGCAAGAGAGGGAGCUUUGCUCUAGCUUCCCGUCCCCACUUUCCCUUUUACAGGUACUCUGAUUUCUCUGAAAAAUCCUUUGGCAUAUUUUCACAACUAACUGUAUCAACAUGCAAAAAAACCCAUCUUGGGUUUAGAAUUGCAUUACAUGCAGUUAGUGUAACUUGCAUGCCUCCUUGCUGUUCUGAUUUUCAGUCGUUUUCUGCCCUGCUUAAAACCUUAGGAUUUUUAGGUUUAUUUUUUUGUGUUUGUCUUUUUUCAAACCCUCAACAUUGUGUUUUUAAAGUUGGCAGGAAGCUGGUUUAAACAUCAUUCUUUGUGUAGAAGAUAUUGUUUUGCAUCUACGGACUUUCCAUUUCUUUCAAUCCGUUUAUGUGUGACUUUUU